AUGCCUCGCGAUCUCACGCGCACCGAGGCGCUCGAACGCGAGCUCCUGCGCGCGCUCGAUCGGUGCGAGCGCAACGCGAUGCGAACAUCGACGUCGACGUCGAAGCGGCGUGACGUCGAUUCGCAGGCGUUUCGUGACGUGUCAAAUUUCAAAAGUCACAUUGAUGAUGAAAUCACACGUCACGACGACGACGCGCGCGCGCACGUCCAUUCCAUGGAGUUGAACGCGCUCGCGAUCGCCCUGGCGAGACGUGACGCCGAACUAUCGGCCGUGCAUCGCGAAAUGAUCGAGUUACGAGGCGCGUUGGAGCGAACGUCCGGCGACGCGGAGGCGCGCGCGCGGGACGUCGCGACGUCGACGAUGACAAUCGACGCGCUCACGAUUGAGCUCGACACGGAGCGGCGGGUGUCGAUCGACACCGCGGAGGCGCUGGAACGCGCGAUCGAGCGUGCAUCUCGAACGAGCGAACGCGAGAAGGCGUUGGAGGAGGCGUUGGAGGUCGAGCGCGCGCGGCGACGACGCGCCGAACGAGACGUCGCGCCGGCGCGCGAGCGAGGACGGAAGGAGGGGGCGAUCGAGGGCGAAUCCAAGGCGGCGGCGAUGAUGGGUGUGAUUGAGGGCUUAGAGAAAGAAUUGGAGCGCGUGCGAGGUCGAUUGCGUCGGCGAGACGACGACGCGGCGGCGGGUGACGCCGAGCGGCGACGCGAGCGGGACGCGCGCGACGUCGAGCGUGAGACGCUUCGUGAAGAGGUUCGUACGCUCGAGAGCGAACGAGAGAGAUUACGUGCGUCGUUAAAGGCGGCGUACGACGCGAACGCAUCGCUCAAGGCGACGUGCGAGAGGAACGCGGAUCGCUCGCGGGCGGAGGCGGCGCGCCGAGUCGAGCUCGCCGAGCGCGUCGUCACGCUCGAACGUAGGAUCGAUGACAUGCGGGCGCAGCACUUGGACGCGGAGUUGGGGUAUAAGACGCGAUUAGAGAAGACUUUGGAGGAUUUGAGAUCGUCUCGAAACGAAGUCGUUUCGGAGAGCAAGGCGAGACGCGAAGCCGAGGCUGAGCUCGAGCGGGCGAAGAGCGCGCUCGAGAGCGCGGAGACGCGAGAGCGUCGGGUCGCCGAGGCGCUCGAACACACGAAGAGCGCGAGGACGAGGAUAGAAAAGGCGUACUACGACGCCGAUAGACGAUGA